AUGGAAGAACAGAGAGCAGAAAUUGAAAAGGAAAGAAAACUGAAAGCUGAACAACUGAAAGAAAUGGAAGAAAACAUCAACAGGGAGCGUGAUCAGAGAAAGAAAGAACAAGAAACCAGAGAACAAGAAGAGAAGAAAAGAAAAGAGGAGGAGGAACAACAGAAACAGAAGUGGGAACAAGAACGAGAAGAUUUAGAGAAAAAAAUCAGAUCAGAGUCAAAAGAAAAGAAGGAAAUUGACAGAAAACUAGAACAGAGCAGAAAAGAGAUGAAAGCAAAACGAGAAGACUGGGAGAGAGAACGGAAAGAGUUGUGGGAAAAAAAAUAUAAAGAAGAUGAAGAGAGAAGUAGAGAGGAAGAAUUGAGACUGAAAAAGCUCGAAGAGAAACUAGAGCAGGAGAAAGAAAAAUAUGACAAGAAAAACAAAGAAGAUCAAAUGAGAAGAGAACAGGAGGAGAAAGAAAGAGCAGAUCUGGAAGAAAGGUUCAAUAAAGAAAUUAAAGAAAUGGAAGACAUGAAGACUAAAUAUGAAUCAGAGGCCAGAAUCAAAGCUGAAGAAUUCAAUGAGUUUAAAGAUAAAUAUCAAAAAGAAGUUGAAGCUCUGAUGGAAAAACACAAUAAAAAACUGAAGGAUCUGACAGACAAACAUGAAGAAUUAAAUACUUUGAAAAUGGAACAGGAAGAAGAACUGCAGAAAUUGAAAGCAAAAUGGAGUCUCAAACUGUCUGUAUUUAAUGUCUCCAGGAUGGCGGGAUUGCAAGAGCUUCAGUUUCUCGUGCUGCUGUCCUCAGUGUCCGAGCUGAGGCUGGUCCUGCUGGGGAACAGCUGGGCUCAGAGCAGGGAUGUGGGGAACUUAAUUUUGGGGGAGAAGGUGUUCAGUACUGAGGAUCCAGACUGCUGUGUGAGAGUCAGCGGGCGCUGCAAGUGGAAGGAAGUGGCUCUGAUCAGCACCCCAGACCUGCUGCACCCCAACCUGCCCGAGGACAAAGUGACAGAACAUGUGCAGAACCUGGUGAGGCUGGCAGAACCCGGCCCACACGUCUUCGUGCUGGUUCUGCAGCCUGAAGACUUUACUGAGCAGCAGAAACUGAGGCUGCAGGCUGUGCUGGAGAACUGCGGGGACAACUCCUUCCAGCACGCUCUGCUUCUGCUGGCACCACCUAAAAAGGAAAGUCUGGCUUCCACAGAAAGCUGCAUGGAAGCUCCAGCUCUGAAAGACAUGAUCAGAAUGUGCAGAUUUAGAUAUAAAAGUCUGAAGAAACUGGAACUUGUGGAACUUAUGACAUCCUGUGAUCAGAUUGUGAAGGAGAACAACGGGGAGCAUGUGAGCUGUGACUUUUCUGAUUUAUUUCACCUGCCCGCUAACUUUGACCCGGCUCAAGUUUCUGCUGAGGGAUUCAGGAUUGUCCUGUUUGGGAAAAGUGAAGAAGAAAAGGUGACACUUGGAAACUUCAUCUUGAACAAAAACUAUUUUCAUCUUGGACACUUUGGUCCUUCUUAUCAGUGUGAGUCUGCUGAUGGAGAGUUCAGAGGGAACGCAGUGACAGUGGUGAAAACUCUUGACAUGUUCAGUCUGUCUGUGGAAGCUGUGAGAGAGGAGGUGAAACACUGUGUUGGUCUGUGUCCUCCUGGACCAAAUGUUCUGCUGCUCUUAGUAAAGCCUUCGGAUUUCACAGAGAAGAACAGACUAACUUUGAAAUCCAUCCUGAGUUUGUUUGGUGGAGAUGCCUUCAGACACUCACUGGUCAUCACAACACAUGACCAUAAGUGGACAGAAACCAGUGUCUCAGUGAACAAAUUGCUUCAGGAGUGUGACCGAAGACAUUACAGCAAGUUUCUGAACAACCACAACCUGCUGAUUGAGAAGAUUCAGAGCGUUUCUGGACUCCGGACUGUCUCCAUCACUGACAGAAGCAGGGAGGGAGGCGAGGCGUCAGGAUUGAGAGAGUUCCACCUCUGGCUCCCUGCUCCAGAUGUUCGCCCCCGGCCCCCCGCUCCCCGGCGAGGGCUGGGGGCCCCCCGUGGAUUUAUGGCGCGCCCCAUCUGGGAGCUGAGGCCCCGCGUGCCGGGCAGGCGCCGGCCCGUCUGCCGGCCUUAA